UCCAUAAAUCUCACGCCAAAAAUGCCAUCAAAGUUAUUCAGUCAACUCUUGGUUCAAAUCGGUAGACCAGUCGUCUUCUCAUCUGGUGCCAACAAGGGAAAGUUAGCCGUUAUUGUUGAUAUUCUCGAUGCCAACAGAGUUUUGGUUGAAGGUGAACAAAUCCCAAGACAUAUUGCUUGUACUGGUGAUAUUCAAUUGGUUAACGCCCUCGCUGCUGUUACCUCUGCUUCCACCACUGAAGAAGUCGUCAAGGCUGCCCAAUCAUCUGAAGUCCAAUCUGCUUAUUUGGCCAGUCCACUUGUUAAGUUGCACUUGAAGAGAGUUAAGAGACAAAACUUGACUGAUUUCGAUAGAGUCAAGGUUCAAAUCUUGAAGAAGAAGAAGAACGCUCUCAUCAGAGAAAAGCUCUCUGCUUUGGUCCAAAAGAACGGAAGUGAAGUUGUGAAGAAGCUCGCUGCUAAGAACGCUCCAUUGAAGCAAUAAAUUUUAUAAAACAAUAAUUAAAAUUCACAAA